AUGCCCCGACAGAUGUACGUCCCACUAUUUCUCCUGCUCCUCUUGUUUGUACAGCUAUGCAGCACGAGUGGAAUCCUCGCUGAGGAGUCGACUGAAGUUGUGCGGGAGUUGCCCGUAAAAGGAGAGAAUGCAUCGCAGGCGUACACUGUCUACACGAAGGGACGCAAGCUGAUCCGCAUUCGUACUUCAACGAGGGAUUUGCAAAACACGAAAAAGUACUGCAGCAAGGAGGGGAUGUCGAUCUGGGACUUUGAGGGCAAUCCCAUCAAGUGCCACAACUACAAUGUCCUGAAGACAGAGGAUAUGCAAUACCUGAAGAAUGAUGUCCUUCCGGCAGCCGUGAAAUUGCACGCGGAUCGUCUGCUGGUUGACCGUGUGAAUGGUUCGUUGGUUGUUCCUGAGUUUGAAGAGGAUAGUCUGUGCAGCUACUUUACCGUUCCACCUUCUCACCACUGCAAGGGUGUCAAUAAUACUGACAUGGUACUCUAUGUGGCGGCUAAGCCUGUGACCCCAUUUGCUACUAUUUGCGCCAGGGAUGAAUCUCGCCGUCCCAUUGCUGCUGGCGUGAACCUCGCUUUCUACAGGAAGUAUGGACUACGGUACAAUGUUCGCAUCACUGCUCACGAGAUUGCCCAUGCGCUUGGAUUUAACUACGAGGACAUGGUGAACGCCAGCAUGGUGUCCAACAUUACGGAUGUGCGUGGCAAGAACCGUGUCACCCGUGCGCUGGUGACAUCUAAUAAAACACUGGAGAAAGCAAGGAAGCACUAUGGAUGCGACACUCUCAAUGGCAUGGAACUGGCUGAUGACACGAACGAUAAAAAUGUGGUUUCGCCACACUGGGCCCAUCGCAUUGCGAAGGAUGAGCUGAUGAGUAGCUACACUGUGUUUGGCGCCGGCUACUACACUGCUCUGACGAUGGCUUUCUUUGAGGAUCUCAAGUACUAUACCGCUAAUUGGGGAAUGGAAGAGCCGAUGACUUGGGGUAACGACUCUGGCUGUGAAUUCAUUAACGAUGCAUGCACCAAUGAGAUGAAGAGAAAAUAUAAUAACAUGUUCUGUGACACAGAGAGUCCUCGGUGUACAUCUGAUCGCUUCGCCGUUGGGAGGUGCACAUCAUUCACGGGGUAUAGAGUGUAUACUGAACCUGAUGAAUGCCCGUUUGCGAAACCGGAACAUGUCUACACAUCUAAUGGAAUGCUUUCCGCUCUCUGUACCCUUACGGUGAACAAUACUAUUCCUGGGUCAGUGACGGGCAAUGACUCUUGGUGCCUCGAUGGGGAUUCGCUCAAGGUGAAUGAUGUUGCCGGCAGAAAAAAUAAUGUCUCAGUGGGCGGUGUGUGCGCGCGAGUAAAGUGCGAGGGUAAUGGUGUUUUGAAGGUCAUGUACGCCGGGAACGACACAUGGCACGAUUGCUCUGAGGGACACUCACUGGAGCCAUCGACAACGUCGUCGUCAUUCGUAAGCGGGAAAAUCAAGUGCCCCAAGUACAGUGAGGUGUGUACCAUGGCCCCUAACGGCAGCAGUCUCCUCCGUCAUAUUGUUCCGUACCCGAUAUCACCAGAGGAAGCAGAAUCUGCCACGGAGUCACUUCAGACAUCCAAUGAGGAGCGUACUGGUUCCAGUCAGCCUCCCAGAGACGUGCCACGAGAGACUGAAGGAGAAAUGCCUUCCCUUAUAGAUGAUGUGAAUAGUCACUCGGUGAGCAACGGUGACGUCACUGCAGCGUCAACGGGUGUUGAUGAUUCUCCUUUGGGUUCUGUUCCAUCACCUUCUACUCCAACUGCAUCUACUACAGUCCCCGUACUUCUGGAAGAGAAGACUCUUGGGGUUCGUCACCCUGUGGAUGGGGUCUCUGCUCUCUCUGGAUUUGUUCAUGUUGCCUUUCUUUUAAUGGCUCUUGCCGCGGCGGUGCCUCUGUGA